CAAGCUCUUUAAUUAUCUUGGUGGAAAGUGAAGGAGUUACUAAGAACUUGAUGAUUUCCUGACUUCACUUGUUGUACAACGACAGAAACGUUGUCGCUUUGUAGUCUUCACCUGCCUCAUGAGUCCCAAAAAGACAGCGCUGCCCAGAGAAGUCGUCAAGUGGCUGCAAACCCUCGAUUUGUCAUUUUAUCCGAAGAAUGUGCGCAGAGAUUUUUCCAACGGUUACCUUGUGGCAGAGAUAUUUUCUCAUUAUUACCCCCACGGCUUUCCAUUGCAUUCCUAUGACAAAGGAACAUCACUCUGUGCCAAGCAGUGGAACUGGAGCCAGAUUGGGCGGUCUCUACAAAAGCAGAAUCUUCACUUGAUGAAAGAGGCCAUUGAUGGAACAAUCCACUGUAAAUCAGGAGCAGCUGAGCUGUUGGUGCAGCAGAUUUACACUAUUUUAACGAAGCGGCACAUCAGUGAUAUUCAGAAACAAGAGUCCGACUUUACUGACCAACAAUACCAGGAGUCGCUGCCUGCACUGGCUCGCUCCACAGCCUCGAAGGCCAUCAAGAACAAUCUGGCAAUAACAGAGAUCAUGGCCAAGCCUGACAUAUGCACAAACCAGAAGAAGACUGAAGUCAUCCUCCACAGGCACCUGGAGCACAAAGCUGAAGAGAGGGUUCUCAACCCUGGGCGUUUUAAAGUGAAGUCUAAUCGAAGUCAGCUGUCAGCCAAAAAUGUUGUACCACCCAGCCAGGGUGAUGAGUGCUCUGACAGCUCUUCGAGCGGAGGCACAGCAUCAAAAUUGUGGUCCUCGUCAACAACGACUGGAGCUUCUGUUUCCUUCAAGGAGAUAAAGGUGCAUCAGCCUGUCAAACACUCACUGGUGAACUAUUAAAGGAGACAAACAGACAGCUGUGUUCUGUUACUGUAUUAUGUGUGCGUCACUUCAUGUACUGAUAUGUUUUCAGUUAUUCAAAGCACAACCUGCGUCUAACUGUUGUGCCACACAAGUAUUUGCUGCAGUAUAAUUUGCUGUGAAAUACAAAUGACGUCACUGUUAGUUAUGGCUUAUGUAAUGCUAUAGAGCCUCUACAGUCAUGUCUGGGUUAUGUGUGUUUGUGCCAGUAGGUGGCAGCAUUGAGUCGUGAGUGGUGUUAUCCUCAGUGAUCUUUUUACUGGUAUAGGUGUACCAUUGAGAAAAAGAGGAAAUAAAUCAAUGUAUGCAGUGUA